GAGGCGGGCAGACGGGGCGAGCCGUGGGGCGGGCGGGCGAGCUGUCGGGGCUACACUUCGCAGUGGGACAGAGCCCCGCACGGCCCGGGCCGCUCCUCCCCCGGAGGGAAAAGGCUCCCGGAGCGAGGAGCGCAGCCCUGCCCGGCCAUGAUGCUGCCCGCCGCCGGCCCCAGCCCCGCGCAGACCUGCGGGGCCGUGCUGGUGACCGCCGUGCUCCUGCAGUCCGUCUGCGUGGCCGUCACCUUCCUCUACUUCACCAACGAGCUCAAACAGCUCCGGGACACGUACUCCAAGAGCGGCGUCGCUUGUCUCACCGGGGAGGAGAUGGGAAAUUUCCUCCAAAACCUGGAUCUAACUGAAGGCGAAGACAGCGAGGCUGAUCCCUGCUGGCAAGUAAAGUGGCACCUGGGAAACUUAAUUAAAAAGAUGAUGGCGAGAAGCUAUGAGGAAAACAUAUCUGCAGUCAACGGUGACCGGGCGCUGACGCUGUCGCACACGGAUGGGCAGCCCCCCGCCGCCAGGAUCGCAGCGCACCUGACGGGCAACAGCAACAGGAGGAGUUCCCUCUCCCCACGCAUAGAUUCCUUGCCCAGAAGAGGGAACGGACAAAAAAUAAGCAACUGGGAGUCGUCAAGGAAAGGCCACUCUUUCCUCUACAACGUGGAGCUGAGAAAUGGCGAGUUGGUGAUACCCCAGACGGGCUUUUAUUACAUCUACUCACAAACUUACUUUCGUUUCCGUGAGAACGAGAACGAGGAUUCCGGUUUGCUGGCACAAAUCAGGAACCCCAAACAGCUUGUCCAAUAUGUUUACAAACUGACUAAUUACCCAGAGCCCAUUUUGCUCAUGAAAAGCGCAAGAACGAGCUGCUGGUCUAAAAAGGCAGAAUACGGACUAUAUUCCAUCUACCAAGGUGGUGUGUUUCAGCUGAAAAGAGAGGACAGGAUUUUUGUCUCUGUCAGUAAUGGUGACAUAGUUGACAUGGACAAAGAAGCAAGUUUUUUUGGAGCUUUUAUGAUCGGUUAGAAGAUGAAAAUCGUGCUCUGAAGGAGCCAGUUUUCCCGGGCAGGACCAGCUUAAAAUUCUAUACAGUAGGGGAUAAUAAGCAAACACCGUAGCAAUACCGAUAGUACCAGGCUCCCCUUUCUCAGAUCACUCAGCCGCGGUCCGGCCGUGCCGAAUACUCUCCCCCGAGCCGGGAAGGGGCAGCAGCAGCUGCGGAUGGCGAUGCUUUGCACGGGCGCGGGUACCACGUCCCGCUGCCCAGCCAGGCUGGGGCCGUGCGAGGAUUUCACACCCCACGGAUGAUACCUUCAGCCCCGGCAGGUGAGAGCUCGCCAUCACCUCCGCAGAGAUGCUCCGCGCCGGCUCCGGUGGGAUGGAGGAUGCUGCAGGUCCGGUUACUUGAGGUAGAGAUGGGACAUCAAAUUUUAUUCGUGGUCUCCAUCAAGACCCCGUCUUGAAUAUCAGGUCCUGUAAGGAGCCGUUGGCGAGCACCGCGUCCCAGGCACCCGUGGAAUGACUCGAGGAGUUUUUUGUUUGAACCCCAGUUUUACAAAGUUGAAAGGCCAUCAGAAACUCCAGCCACACGUCUUCAUCUCAUCUAACAAAGCACUUAAGCGCCUAAUUAAUUUCAAGCACACGAACAGUCUGACUGAAUCAGGGUAUUUACAUGCUUGAAAUUAAAUAUGUGCUUAAGCGUUUUGCAGGAUCACGGCUUGAGUAAACACAUUAGUUUGUCUUAAUCAGGAUAUUGUACAUAAAACCAGCUGCUGAAAUGGCACAGAAGAGGUUUUGAAAUCAAUCAGUAUUUUGAUCAGCACAUUGUGAUAGUGCCUGUUUACUUAAUUGCUGUGCUGUGAAGAUUUCACCAGGUUUCCAACAGGCUCAGUAACGCGGUUGCUGUUACACGGGCUGACAGCAAGUACUUCAUCCAGGAAAAUACGUGGUUUUCCGUAAAUACUGAAUUCUGUCAGACAUUUGCCACAAAUUAAGCAUGACCGGGUUCUUCCAUGUUUGUUUUACUGGCCCGUAUUUGGUAGGAUGUAACGCAGGACAACACACCCCGAUGACUAACAUUUUAGGGAAACCAUACACAACUCUCUGUACUUAAGCAAGAGCUGCAGUUUGGGUAACGCUGUUUUGAUUUUUAUUUUACAUUUAGGAAUGGGUGGGAAAUUUUCAUCAUUUUUGUUUAAACCGUAAUUUUAUUUUAUUUUUUUAAAAAUGGCAAUUAUAUUUUUCAACUCUAUGAGUGGGGCUGUUUUAUAGUUUUAAAAAAAAAGGGGGGAAAAAAAAAAAAAAGAUUUGCAAGUGUAAGCUGUGUGGGCUAGAUCCUCAGCGUAAAUCAGGGUAGCAUUAAUUAAUUAGCACAUCCGCAGCAUCGUCAGUGGACGUUUGCACCGUGAGCGCGUUUUGCCCAGGUUCGGAGGAAACAGUGGGGAAAAGAAGGUGAAAGCGAAAAAAAAAAUAGGAGGGGGAGAGGAAGGCAGUUGGCUCCGCAAAUGUUACUUUGCAUCAACAGAGCGAUGCCAGGAGAAAAUCUGCGCUUUUUUUAAAUAUUUUUUUUAAACGGGUUUUUAAUACACUAAGGUUGCCAUGGGAACCCUCCCAUUCACCUCCAUGUUCUGGUAAUUAAAUCACUGUGCAGCCCUCGCGUACGGGCCGCGCGAGUGAACACGCAUCAGUGAUCUUACUGCCUUGUCAACAGGAGGAAAUGAAGGGACACAAGCACCUGCAUUUAUUUUGUCUUUCGGAAGAGCAGGUACGUUGGGUCACUUAAAUACCUGCAUUUGAGCGGCAAGAGAAGAAUGUCAGGAGUAGCAUCUUUUUGACAGGUUGGGGCAAAGAAACACACUGCCGUAAGCCUAAAAUGAUGUUUUAACUUUUUUCUGCUGGUUUAACAUAGCGUCACGUACGCUGUUUUCAGUGGUAACCAAAUACGCGAAGUUCUUCAUCGUUUACUGGAACACUUGGGUUCGCCUCAUUCGCAAAUCCUCUGUUUUUGCUGAGGACAGAAAAUAUUUCUACAGUUUUCUUUCUGAUUUCUGUAUUUAAUUCAGAAAUUUUCUGCCUGCCAGAAAAGGCUGAGGAGAACAAAGCCAUUCCCUGUGUAUCUGGAUGUCUCCUACGUUGGACAAAUUACUUUUGUAAGUUCUCCUUGCAAAUGGACCGGGCUUUCUGAUCUCGGCCCGGGGUUGACCCGCGUUAUCGGGGUUGACCCGCGUUAUCAAGGUUUGAGGCUUUUUUUAGCAGUUUGUUAUAUGAAAAAGUUGGCGGCUUCUUUUCAGAAAUGUUAUUUUAGGAGCUUAUUUGAAAAAAGAAAAAAGAAAAAAAAUCAUUUGAACUGUGAAAAAGUAUUUCGAGAUUUACUGGCGACAGCUUCGAGUCAGAAGCCCUCCUUUAUGGCCAAGAGCGGAGUUGUGUAAGGCAGGAGCCACGGCUGCGAGAAGGGGCUGGAAGGAAACCGGGGCUGGGGGGGGGGAUUCCACAAACUUGCAGCUGAUGCUAAGACAAACCGUCUGUUACUCACAGUUCUUUUUGCUCCGUGUUCUCUCCUCGGCUCUCCAUAUAUAACACCACGCCAGCUGUCACUUGAGGAGCGCUCCCUGGCGUUAUCUUCCUUUUUUAUCUAAAUGUACAUAUUCAUGGUUUCUGACCGCGGAGUUUAUCUCGACAGGGAUCACACCGAAUAAUCCUCUUAUUUCUGAAUAAUCCAAAGCCGUGCUUGCCAGAUAUCCUUUUGAGGAGAGGUUAUCAAGCAAUAUCAGAACGGACACCUCUGAAAAUGAAUAGAAAGCAAGAGCAAGUUCUGUUUAUACGUUUGCACCUUGAAUCACACUUUUCAUCUCACUUUAUGUUGAACAGCAAAUGUAGCAGAUUUUUUUAAUUUGUGGAUGUAGGUUGCGGUAAAAUGUAAAUGUUGUAAUUUUUCUACAUGCAUUUUGUAUAAAACAUUUUUAGUAAAUAGUUAUUUAGUCUUGCAGCGGUUACUGGUUUCAUCCUAUGCCUUCCAUGACAACAACCCAGUCUGCAAUCAUUCCUCCGACAGUGGUUGGUAUCAGUCAUAAUCCAUCAGAUGCCACAAAGGGUUGCAACGCAAAGGUCAUGAUGCAAGCCAUGGAGCAACGCCAUAUCGUGUAACGUGAUAGAAUUGGCUCCCAGGCCCUCGUUGGUGAACAGCAUCUGGAAGCAGUAGCCUGAAGAAAACACUGAAAACGAUCUCAUGAGCAGGGCCUACAAAACCCUGAGCACUUCCCUUGAGGUCUGCUCAUGUUUCUGGGCUUUGGCAAUUACUUAAGCGUCGGGAAAUGUAUUUAGGGUGGGAACACCUAAUUCUUGUCCAUCACCAAGCUACAGUAGACGAUAUAUUGAGUUCGGAGGGAUAAGGACCAUUUACACAGAUGUAAAGCAGCAGUAAACUGGAGAUCCCCCAAUGCUGAACACAAAUGCACUCCUUGCCCCAAAAGCAAACAUGGGUUACCGGCUGGUCUAUCCGCUCUGCUUCCAGAAUUUGCCCAACCAAAAAGGGUUCUGAGACCCAGGCAAACCCUGGAAACUCAACAGGACACGAAGGCAUCAUCAGCCCUGAGCCCAGCCCCGAGAUGGGGGAGGGGGUGGUUGGUCCUGUGUGUGCAGAGAAGGGCUAUGGCCGGAGCAGCAGCGACCUGCCGCAGCAGGGAAACCGUUUGCUCCGGGGUGUAAAAACCCUUGGAAAACUGCCCCCACCCAAGGGCUGCUUCACCUCCGAGCGUCUCCUUUUGCCUUCACUUCCUAGCAGUUCCCAAUAUCAUCUCGUUCUCGCUGUCGCGGGCUCUGGCGGACCCCCACAUCGCC